AUGUGGCUGAAUUGUGCGGUUGCACUGUUGCUUAUUAGUAUAGUAGAUGGCUGUGAUUUUGAAAUUCGAAUUGAGUAUGUUGGUCCAGUUGACAUACCCUUGAUAGUUCAGAUUCAAGAACCUAAUGGAGCGUUGUCACCGGAGUAAGUGCUAAAUAUUAUAGUUAGUUGUAUAAAAAGUAAUAAGCUAAUAAACUUUGCAUUUUAAAACUUUUACGUUACCUUAGUUUUCAAUUCACAACAAAAGGAGAAACACACAAUUACCGUGUCCGUGGAACGUGUAGCUCAAGAACUUACAUUAGGGUCUAUAAACCCUCAGAGACUGGCUGGACUAAAAGUGGUCGUUUGUUUGAGACUUCUGGGGUUAUGACUGGACAAGGGUAUACUGAGUACAAGGUUAGUAACACUUACCCUGCUCUACCCCAUAACAUUUUUGCUAAUAAAAUCUUUCGUUACGGGACCUAAGCCUCUAACUCGGAACUUCAUAACGCUCAGGCUCUUAGAACACUCUACAGUACUACUAAUAAUUUUUUUAUUUUGAUUUCAGCUCUUAUCAUCAGGACUCAUUUUUAUGCACAAUUCGAUUGGCGUGCCUUGUGUAUUUGGCACUUGGGGGACUUGCGUUCGUAAUCGGUUCAAUCAGCCACUUACUCAUUAUGAUCCAUUUGCUCGAAAUUUGUAA